AUGAGCACAGACGAAAAGAUUAUUUUAAACACGUUUCUUUCAGAUCUGCUACAAUUCGAGUUUACUUCUGAUCUAGAAUGAAAACUGAUGCUACAAUCCCAAAUAAGGAAAACUUACAAAGAAGUGUUCAAUUGUGCAGAUAAUAAAGCGAUAUUGAUACUGCAUUAUUUAAGGCAGGAACCAUUCAAGCAUCCCAAACUAGAUAUUUUAGAAGUAAAGCUUGGUCAAAGAAUAAUACCAAAGCUUAAUAACAACGAAGUCGGUUGUCAAAUACUUGAUUAUAUAAAUUUUAUAUUAUCAAUUUUAUCUGGAUUUAUCGCUUUGUUUGUGUGGCUUUUAUUUGUAUUUUUUAGCAAUAGUUGAGAUUGGUCGUCUUUAGCCUUGCUGAUGCUGUUCUUUUGCCGAUUUUAG